AUGUCUGCCAGCACUCCUCUUCUCGCACAUUUGGAGAGUGAGCCAGAUAUCUCAAACGCACAGUAUGUUGGCCGUACCACCUGUACCCGGAAAAAUUGGCGCUGGCGCUUUCUAUUGCUAGCUUUGUUCGGAACAGUAGUGACGGUGAUUCUCGGCAGAAACAUCUAUGUGGCGACCACAAGCUAUACGGCGCAGUACGUCCUCUUUGGCCGCACAAAACUGUCGCUCUCUUUGGCGGACGCGGAGGCGGUGGUGCACGAUACGUUGGCAAAACUGAAUUUGGCUCGGAACUGGUCGUACGAAUAUACACAAGAUCUGCAUCGCACAGGCGAAAGUCGUCGUUUGGUCGACUGGACGCUUGAAAAAUUCAAGGAAUAUGGUUUGUCCGAUACAAAAGUGGAAACUUACUACGUUUACACCAACAAACCGGUCGACAAUGCGCUCAAACUCGUAGAGGAUGGGAAGGUGACUUUUGAGGCCUCUCUCAAGGAAGACUCUAUUGCAGAAGAUCCUUCCACUUUAAAUAAUACUAUUCCGGUGUACCACGCCUACUCUGCGAGCGGAAAUGUGUCGUCGUCGUACUUCUACGCCAACUAUGGCAGAAGAGAGGAUUACCAGGCGCUUGUGGCCCGGGGAUACAAUUUGACGGGGAAAAUUGCCAUUGUUCGUUACCAAGGCUUGUUGCGUGGACUUAAAGUGAAAUUCGCCGAGGAGGUGGGCGCUGCCGGCGUGGUUAUGUACUCGGAUCCCAGUGAGGAUGGCGACCACACCACGCAGAAUGGGUACAAAAUGUACCCCGAAGGACCUGCAAAGCAGGAUUCUAGUGUGCAACGGGGCUCGGUCAUGUUUUUGACCGAGGGCGCUGGCGAUCCCACCACACCGGGGUACGCCUCCAGAAAAAACGCUAAAAGAGAGGAUCCCCUGAAGUUUAUUCCUAAGAUUCCUAGUCUCCCCGUCAGCCAACGUGAUAUUACGCCAAUCUUGAAGAAAUUGAAUGGUAUAGGCCCGAAAGCUUCUUCAUUUGGUAAAGACUGGACUGGAAAAUUGGAGGGCUAUGACUACAGCAUUGGUCUCACUUUGAAGGACAAGCACGUCUCGCCCGUAUUGAAUCUCUACAACGAGCAGAACUACGAGAUCGUGCCAAUCCACAAUGUCUUGGGUACUAUCCCUGGCCAAGUUUCCGAAGAAGUGAUUGUUUUCGGAAACCACAGAGACGCAUGGAUCCGUGGUGGAGCAGGCGACCCCAACUCAGGCUCUGCAAUCAUGUUGGAGGUCAUGAGAGCCUUACAGGUGGCGAUAGCAAAGGGAUACAAGCCAUACAGAACCAUUGUCUUCGCUUCUUGGGACGGUGAAGAGUAUGGUUUGCUUGGCUCAACAGAAUGGGCUGAAGACCAUUCGGCUUGGAUCCAGAAGAAGGUGGUUGCCUAUGUUAAUAUCGAUACUGGCGUUUCAGGCUCUUCUUUGUUGAUGGGAGCCUCUCCCUUGGUAAAAGAAGUGAUGCUCAAUGCAACCAAACAAGUGAAUUACCCUAAGGGCGGCACCAUGUAUGACCACUAUGUCGACGGCCCAUUGAAGGGCGAGGUUCCAUACUUGGGAAGUGGCUCUGAUUUCGCCGUGUUCGUGUCGCAUUUGGGUGUUCCAGCCUUCGAAGCUGACUUCUUCAAUGACCCUAGUACGGAUCCAGUGUAUCACUAUCAUUCCAUCUAUGAUUCUUUCCACUGGAUGGACAAGUACUGUGACCCUGGCUUCAUUUACCACAACACCAUGGCUCAAUAUUACAGUAAGAACCUACUCCAAUUGAGUGGCCGCGAGUUCCUGCCACUUAGUCCAGAUUUCUAUGCCGACGAGAUCGACCGGUACAUUUCUGAAUCUCUCAAGCAAGUGCCCACCGAUUGGUAUCACUAUGAGAACGAUGAAUUCUCGUUUGAGAUCGAAAACGGAAGAACGUUCCACGAGGCCAUUUCCGACCAUAGACCCGCCCACGACAAGCCCUUGAGACACCGCAAGCCUCCACACCGCAAAAUCAAGGACUUCACCGAUGCCGUCAAGGCCACAAAGGAAGCAGUCAAGUAUUUGCAGCGCCAGGCUCGACUCGCCGUGGCCGAGAGAAACCAGUGUCAAACGAAGCUCAACGCGAAGCCCGGCCAUUUGUGGGAUCGAGUCAAGCUUAUGUCCAGGCUCAGCGUCAUCAAUGCCAAGUUCAACUUGUUGGAGAGAGUCUUCUUGCACUCCGGAGGUCUCGAUGACAGACCUUGGUUCAAACACAUCAUGUUUGCCAGUGGGCGCUAUACUGGGUAUGACGGACAGGCAAUUCCCGGGUUCCAGGAGGCAGUCGAAGACAACGACAAGAAGAAAGGCCUCAAGUGGCUCAACAUUCUCUGGACGAAGAUCAUGUUGGCUGGAUUCAUGCUUAGUGCAUGA